GAUCCGCGGGGAUUUAUCAUGACUAAAAUGGAAUGAAAUAUAUUCACUCUAGUAAAAUAACAAUAGGUCUAAUGUAAGUCACUUUCGCUCAACUACACUGCGUACAUAAUUCAUGAGAGCAGGCACUCUUUCACACGUAACAACCUUCGUAAGCCACGCCUACAUUUUCCCCAUAAUCCCUUGUUUACCUCAACAGAUAUUUGACAACUGUUCGUAGAUGGCUAAGCUAACAGUACAAAGUUUAUAAUAGUUAACAGUAUUGUCAUUAUCUGUUACAACUUGUAGUUAUUGAACAGCAAAUGGUCGUGCGUUGUCCAGCUUGCAAAGCGGAAUAAACCGAAGCUAACUGCUGGUGUUGCAGGUCAGCUUGAUAAAUAAUUACAGUACUGUAACUACAUUAUUACAAUGUCUGGACCCAAUGGAGAUCCUGACAUCUCCAUUGAUGAUGGCAUCAUUGAGGAUGGAGAUGAAUUCACUGAUGAAGAGUUUGUGGCCAUCAACUCCAUGCUCGACCAGAUCAACUCUUACCUUGACGACCUGGAGGAGAAAAAUGAUGCCCUCAAUGGCAAAAUGCACAAGCUCCUGGAAUCCAAUCGGCAAGCCCGGCUGGAGUUUAGGGCCCAGAUGCUUGCCAAGGAGGAGGAGGACCACCGGUCUGGGGACAGCGGCGAGUCAUCACCGGGCACUGAGGACCAGCAUAAAGAGACAAGUUAAUAUGCACCUUAAAUAUCAUAAUCAUCAUUCCUCAGCAGCAACAUUGUAUAAAUGUUCAGGCUUCAUGUCUGUGGUUAUGCACACUAGUCUUAAAUGUGCAGCGUUUCUCUGUCAUUCAUUUAAACUGUAGCUAUGUUCAGUGUUGUAAUGUUUAUUUAUAUACCCUGGUGGGUUAAGAAAUGCAAUCCAGCUGUCCAAAAAGUGACUGUUUGCAGUGGAAAUUGUCAGACAUUUUAAUACAAAUUAAAAUGACCCACCCCGUUGCAGGAAAACAGAAACGAAACAUCCAAAAAUACAUUAAACUUCCAGCAUUUUAGAAAACACCACGUGUCUUGAUUUCAAUUUUGUCAGUAGCUGAAUAAAAAUACAAUAAAAAGAAA